AGUCACCAAAAUCAGGAAACUGAGUGUUGCUAUUAAUACAGCAGCAAAGGGCCGUGUCUGCUUCAGGCUCGCGUCGUCUCAGCUGACCAGAGAAGGAGCCUCAGCAUACUGUACCGCGACCGAGGGGGACUUUUGGGGCCAAAUGAUGCUUCUGGCUGGGUGAUCUGGUGCGUUUUGGAGGAUUCACAGCCAUGGAGGCACCUGUCUCAAGCACUUCAUCAGUAAAUCCAGAAGCCAUCUCCAAGUGCGAGCUGUUGAUCCUGCACACUGCAGAGGCGCAGGAAUGGGCGACGUAUCUGCAGCAGAUCUUAAAGUCUUCUCUGAAGUUAUGCGAAUAUUUAGUUGUACCGUACGCGGUCAGCCCGGACGAUCAGCCCCUCGGAUAUAACCUUGAAUCCUUCCAAAGCUGCAAGUGCAUCGUGCUGCUGCUCACAGGGGUGUUGCUGGACCUGGCGGCCGACCCCCAACUGCAGACAGCGCUUCAGGAACUCCUCCAUCCUCCACACAGGGUGGUGGCGCUGCUGUGCGGCGUGUCGGAGGCCGACGUCUCCCCGGGGAGCUUCAGAGACUGGUCCAGCUGGAGGAAAAUCUAUGCCGAAGAUGAGCCAGCUGUUUACGUUUCCACCAUACUGGAAUCGGUCACUGACAGCAGACAAGCGAAGGACGAGUGUAAGAGCAAAGCAGCGUCGAACAUCUCCGCUGCCUCCUCAAAUCAAACUGAUGAAACGCAGGAAGUGGCGUCAGGACAGCAGCAGCGGGCCAUCUUCAGGGAGAAAGAGACUGCGAGCGACGAAAUCACGGCGGGCACGCAGCUCACCUGCCUCACCGUUCAGCCUAACAGAGUCCUGUGCGGGGCACAAGAGACACUUUAUGUCGUUUUCAAACACAAACUAGACGAUCAAUGCGCACCAGAGGUGGAGUUCACGUCUGAAAAAUCCACCAAACGGGUCUCAGGCUGUGUGGAGAACGAGUACACCCUCAGUGUUACUGCACCUGAUAUGCCUGCGGGAUUAGCAUCGCUGACUUUGCUCGCAGGCCAGUCGCGAGUCGGCCUGAAGCCUGUAACCUACUACACCAACAUGGGGGAAGUCAGCCGGUGUCUGGAAAAUGCCUCUGAUCCCAUUAGCUUCAUCUGCCAGGCCUUCAAUUUGACGUCGAAUGCGACCGAAACGCUGGACAACAUGCUGACAGACUCAUUAAAGUCCAGGUUGCCUGCAACUAGUCUUCAGCUGUUUGGAGUCAAACAGAUAGAAGAAGACAACAUGUCGUCGUAUCAGCGCACUGAGGAGCUUCCCACUUUGCUGCACUUUGCUGCCAAGUACGGCCUGAAGAAGCUCACCACCACUCUGCUGCGCUGUCCCGGGGCUCUGCAGGCUUACAGUGUGAUGAACAAGCAUGGCGACUACCCAAACACCCUGGCAGAGAAGAGCGGCUUCACGGACCUCAGACAGUUCAUGGACGAAUUUGUCGAGACGGCGGACAUGCUGAAGUCUCACCUCGAGGACACCAUCAACACCGACGAAGGCGCAGAGGUCUACGAGUUCAUGUCGGCCGCCUCUCAGGAUAUCAUCAUGAAGUACUCCACCGCCUCCGAGGAUAUUUAUGAGUCGAUGCUGGGGAUCGACCCGGAGUGUGCGGAGGACCUAUAUGAGGUGAUGAAUGCAGUGGAUGAGAACCCAGAGGAAGCCAUGCUGAUCAAGUUCUUUCAAGGUAAAAGUCUCCACCAUCUUGAUCCCAUGACGUCUCACACUGCGGGACUCAGUCUGAGCAACGCACUGCAUGCAGGUAAACCGCAUGACGCUGAGAAAAAGGAAAAAGGUGACGAUGAGAAAGUGGAUGAAGCUGAAGAAGAGGAGGAGGAUCCCUACAACCUGUGUCCAGAGGACAUCUAUGACACCGUGGACCCCGACAGCUCCUACAACCCCGUCAUCCUGAACCGACCUCCGGCCCCCAUACCCCGACCGGAGCGAGCGCCCCAGCAAGAGCAGGCUAUCAACUACAUCUCCAGAGUAUUUUCAAGUUCGGAUUCAUCAGCGAGUCGUUUGAAGGACCAGGGAUAUCCUGCAGCUCGGCCUGUGGUGGAGCCCCCGGCGUCUACUUACGACCCGUACGCCGGAAUGAAGACCCCGGGUCAGAGGCAGCUCAUCUCCCUGCAGGAGAGGGUGAAAGUCGGGGAAAUAACUGUGAACGAGGCUGUCCAAGAGUUUAAGGAGUGGCAGUUCGACCAUGAGCGGAGGACCAACUCGAUACGCUAUCAGCAGGAAAAUCUGAAGAAACUAAGAGACAGCAUCACUAGACGACACAAAGAGAGAGAGAAGGAAGGAAAAGAACUUGAUUACGAGAUCAGCGCUCCGCUGCCGAGGAGCAUGUACUGGAGCUCCAACGUGGCGGGGGAGAGCGGGGUGUAUGAGCCGGCGCCCAGGAUGGUGGCUCCGCCUCCUGCAGCCUCUCAGGCUAUCCAGAGAGGCAACUGGAAGACAGGGAGCACGUCCAGCACAUCCAGCAGUGAGAGCAACAGGCUCAGCACUCACAGCACCUUCAGCUACAGCAGCGGGACCGAGCCAGAGUUUGAGGACAAUGUAGAAAGUCUUUCCAAUCCGCUGCGACCUCCACGACCUUCUGAUGCUUUCGACCUUCCUCCCAGAAUCCCUCCACGGAUCCCCGAAAGGGUGCCAGAAUUGGCUCACGAGCGCUACAUAUCCUGCCCACAGCGAGCGCUCCCUCAGAGACCCUCCCCCAGACACACCGACUCGCCACCGCCGGUGCCUCGCCGCCUGCGGUGAUCGCAGCGAGGCUGACUUCCGCGGGUUUUAAUCAAGGAAGCCUCGAAUGAUUUUCUACAGAAAAUGACGAACAAGAAUGUUUGAAACCAUCAGACCAGAACAAGAGCUGAGAAAUAAUUUUAUAUUGUUUGUUUUUUUUAAUUAAACCUCACAUUAUUAAAUAGUUUUAUUAAAUGUGAGCUACUGUGUUUAACAGUG